CACAACCACCCAAGCCAAUCUUCCAACUUUUCCUAUCUUCUUUCCUAUUUUUCCUUAUUUCCUUGAGUCUCUCUCUGCAUAUUUGGGAUUUACCACAUACAAACAAUACAACAAACUAGUCAAAAUGUUCUCCAUCAGGACCCUCUCCACUGUUCUCCUGGCCGCCGCCGCCACCGUCUCCGCCGCUCCCACCAGCACCACCGGCACCAAGACCCCGACCCGCACAUUUGCACUCACGGGCGUCACCCACUCCGUCGUCGCCGGCCUCGGCGGCCUCCGCUUCGACCCGGACAACGUCGUCGCCGAGAUUGGCGACAUUGUCGAGUGGCACUACCUGCCCCGCAACCACUCCGUCGCGGAGUCCAACUUUGGCAACCCCUGCAACCCCCUGGCCGACGGCUCCUCCUUCUUCUCCGGCUUCAACUUCUUCACCGCCGAGGGCCAGUCAGCCAACGUCUUCCAGAUCGUCGUCGAGGACAAGAAGCCCAUCUGGUACUACUGCGCCCAGAACGCCGGCCAGCACUGCAAGAACGGCAUGGUCGGUGUCAUCAACCAGAACUUUGACAGCCCCGACUUCACUCUCGCCAAGCACAAGGCUUUGGCUGCGCAGAAGGGCGAUGCCGUCAUUCCCGCUGUUCAGCAGGGUGGCUUCGUCAUUCCCAACCCCAAUCCCCUGGGAGGCUUCAAGCUCUAAAUGCGUGGCCUACCUAUUAGACCAUGUGGUUGCUGGGGGUAUAGAGCUGUCGCGGUGGUGAUUGCAUGAGCAUUGAGCGGGUUGCAUAUUAUGACUGGAAGGGAAUUGCAUCUGGCGGCGUUGAAUUUUGGGAAACUCGAUUCAUCAUCUGUUUACAACCUUCGCUCUUUAGGAUACUUUAGAUAUAUAAAACUCUACCACACUCAACUUUU